UAGAAUUUCGUACACCAAAAAAAUUGUUCUGUUUUCGGUUUUACAAAAAUUUUAAAGUUUUUUGUGAACAGAAGUUUUACUGAAUAGUUGUAAACGAAGCCCAUAAAUGUCGAUCAAUUGUGGAAUGUGAAUUAAGGUGAAAUUUCGCACGAUUUCGGUGAAAUUAAACAAUUCAGUUUGUAACUCAUUCAUAUAAAUCAAGGAUACUUUCACGAUAUUAUGAGUGAAAAAUUCUCAAAAUAAAAUUCCAAUGGGAACUAAAUCUUACGUUUAGACGAAAUAGGAAGAAAUCCCUAAUGUGUACAGCACAUUCGGUUAAUUUAAAACUUUCAUUAUAAAGUGGAAAAGCUAGAAAAAAAUUGACGUAAAAAAUUUCAAUUCUAAAUUGGUGUUAAAGAAUUUUCAUGGAAAAAUAAAAAAAAAAAGAUUAUUAAUAUCGAUCCGUUUCGAAUCGUUGAGAAGAUACGAAAGCAUACGAAACAGCGACCAUAAGCAAUAAGUUGAAAAAUUUCUUUUAUGUGUUUUACGUCCUCUAUUCACUUCAUUCUAGAUUCUCUUUUAAUGCCUUCCAGUGGAGUAUAUAGUAGUAUUGUAAAUAAUAGUACUAGUACGACACGUUGGCACUUUACUAAAUGGCUUCGGUUUGGAAAAGCUCAGUUGUGUAAACAUUAUUCUGUGAUUACGGUGUAAAAGUUCGGUAUGUCGGCCGUUUCGUAAGGCGAAUAGUGUGCGUGAGCGAAAAUCAUUUUCAUUCGAGCUUUUUUCGUAUUCGGGGUAAAUGAUCGCGUCACUGACGUCAUACCGUCUAUUCAUAAUCGGGUUUAUUAGCGUAUUAAAUAGAGCAUAUAAGUGGAAUGCCACAUGUCUACGUCUGUUUUGUUUCGGAAAAGUAAAUAUUCGACUGUGGGGUAGUCGGUGACGCUUAGGAGUGUAACGAAUCUCGAACAAAAUUCUACUUUAUAGUAAAGCUACGUGUUUUGAUGGAAAAGAAAUUGUGACCGUCACACAGUACAGAUAAACGAGAAUCGUCGUGAUGAUACUCUCUAUUGAAAUGUAAAUUCAAUGCAAAAUUAAUUUCGUUAUCUUCUCCAAGGAAUUCGGAACAUUCGGACAAAACAAUCGGAAACAGAAAAACAUUCGGACAACUGCAAAUUAAAGCAAAGUUGAAUCUCGCAUGACGGAAAAUAAUGCUGUAGUGAAGUGAAUUAAAAAAGAAUUUCCAUUGAUUUAUAUUGAAUGAUUUACACUGUAUGAAUGAAUACUAACAAUCGGAAUAAAGCCAUUAAGGCAAUCGGCUGUGCAGCCCAAAAUCAUAUAAAGCUUUAGAUUCGCACACUCAUGCAGUGGAGAAAGUUUACAAGACUGAAAACAGCUACACAACAUUCGCGUGCGCGAAGAAUGCUUUGCUGUGGCAGAAGAAAGGAAAAUGGAAGAUCAGUGCCUGACCUUACUACCGCCAGUCCAGGUCGUGCUGGUCCGCCUGGUCCGAUGCCAAAUAAUCAAAAUGCUGGUGGUAUGCAACAGAGGCAAGGCGUUAAAGAACCGGUUUUGCUCCAGGGUGACUUUCGAAAAGUUUCUGGAAUUAGUUCGGAAAUAUUUCGUCAAAUUGAAGCUGUUGAAAAUGACCACGACCCCAGCACUGCAGCUGCACUUGAGGCGGUUGAGAGGCGAGGUGAAAUGAUAGUACGAAUUCUGGAGCCCAGAUGCAUUGGUGGUAGACAUGCGGUAGAAGCAGCUCAAAAACUAUUAUCGAAAGGAGAUGCUCGACAUAUUGUACAAUUGGUAGAGAUUGUAAAACGACCUGGUCAAACACUGGGCUUAUACAUAAGGGAAGGAAAUGGUGCCGAUAGAUCUGAUGGAGUUUUUAUUUCUCGUAUAGCUUUAGAAUCUGCUGUAUACAAUAGCGGAUGUCUCAGGGUCGGUGAUGAAAUACUAGCGGUUAAUUUAGUAGAUGUGACUCACAUGUCUUUAGACGAUGUGGUCAUUAUUAUGUCAAUACCCCGACGCCUCGUAUUAGCAAUAAGACAACGACGUGGCGGUCGUGGAAACAGUUCACCUGGACCAUCUUUAUCACGUCCGGAACAAAAACCACCUCCAGUCGUAGUUAUAAAACGCGACUUACGGGACGAAGAUAUAGACGAUAUGGAUCGUGUUUCAAGAUCUAGAUCUUCCAGAGAACGACGUACAGGUGAUGGAAGGGAGAUGACAGAAUCACGCUCAAGACUUGGUCUCGGCCUAAAUAAUUAUAGUCCACAGAGCGAGCAAUUAGAUUUAUAUUACAAUAAUCGGCCGAAUACAAUAAAUGAACCACCGAGUUGGGGUUACAAACCUCCACCACCACCAUCCGUUAUCACUGAACAACCGAAAAGUCAUAGUUUCGCGCCAUCACAAGCAUAUUAUCAAAAUGCGGGCACUCUCGAAAGUUUAGCUGAAAAAGUUCAUUCAUUUUAUCCAGGUGGUCCUGGCAGACGAAUGUCCGCCGGAACUGGAGUUACCAGCAGUCAAUCACAUAUUAGAUUUCCUCGUAGUGGAUCUGAUCAACAUUUACCUCGUGUAGAAUACUCUGAUUUCCAGUCAUUGGGUCGAAAUUCACUUCUUAGAUCGAGUUUGAAAACUGGUACUGUGACAGGAGGCGGAACGUUGGGAAGAUAUGGACGGUAUGAUCCACCGCAGUCAAGUCGUACACCCAAAUACGGUGCACCGAUGGGAAAUGCAUCCAUUUUGUCAAGACGAUCUCGACCAGUUGAUUACUCCAGCGAUACUGAAGCUACAAUCGGACCCCGUCCAAGCUAUUACUAUUACAAUCGACCCACAAUCAAUAGUAUACCAAGAGGAGGAAGUUCGGCGUUGGGUGGUGGACCAGACAUGGCCAAAUUCAACUCAUUGCCUAGAGAUAGACCAGGAGCAAGAUUAGGAAUUCGUACAAGACUUGGUGAUCGGCUCACGGAUGAUAAUGAUGGCAACUUGUCUGCCCCAGAAUUACCUGCACGACGAGAACGGGAUUUGAGAGGUAGAAUUUCGGCAAGUCCAUCCAUCUUCACAUCAGAUGAAUAUAGAGCUUGGCUACGCAGAGCACCAAGUAGUUCAGCUAUUUGCGAACAGAUGCGAGCGUCGAGGGAUAUCUUAAAUCAACAACGAGCCCAUCGAUUCUCGUGUAGUGCUGAAAAUAUUCACGAUGCUUUGAAAAAUACGGAAAGCAUUUACAGCAGCCGAACUGGAGGACUCACCAGUACAUUGGAUCGUCAUUUCACUGGAACUCGUGGUAUUUCCGUACCAGUGAGAUCACUGUCAACUCAGCACAUUGGUGGUGCGUCCUCUUUGCGAUCGCCUAGCGUACGACGAAUGAGACAAUUACUUGAAUUGACUGCGGGACCAGCUAGUCCGAGCAGUGGAAUGAGUGGACAUCAGAGUCCAGCGCCGACACCGAGUACCACUCUACCACGGCCUAAUCGACAAAUUGAUAUUAAUCCAGCAGAGUUCGUUAAAUAUAAAUUAGACAAACCUGUUAUUGACCUUGAAGGUAUCUCUGGUAUGAUCUGGAUUCAUCUUGUUGCUGGCCGCGGUUUACGGUCAGCUCCAGAAGGUACUCAAACGGUACAAGGUUCAGUACGUGAUUUGUAUUGUGUACUGGAAUGCGAUAGAGUUCAUAAGGCGCGUACAGUGGUGCGAUCCGGUGAUUUGCAAUUUGAUUGGGACGAAUCAUUCGAACUAGAUUUAGUAAGCAAUAAACAAUUGGACGUGUUGGUAUAUUCGUGGGAUCCACAGCAUCGUCAUAAGUUAUGUUACAGAGGUGCUGUAUCUUUGUCAACUGUAUUAAGACAAUCACCAAUACAUCAAUUGGCGCUUAAAGUUGAACCUAGAGGAACAAUUUAUCUGAGACUAAGACACACCGAUCCUAUUACAUUGUAUCGUCGUCGGGGACUACCCAGUCUAAAAGCCGGUUAUCCACAAUUGUUUGGAGCUGACUUAGAUGGUGUGGUAACGAGAGAAUCAAAAAUUUAUCCAGGUCAAGCACCGGUACCGAUUGUUUUACGUCGUUGCGUUGAAGAAAUUGAACGUCGUGGUCUUGACAUUAUCGGCUUGUAUCGAUUGUGCGGAUCAGCCACGAAGAAACGACUGCUCCGAGAAGCGUUCGAACGAAAUUGUCGAGCUGUGGAAUUAAGUCCGGACCAUGUUCCUGAUAUCAAUGUUAUUACUGGAGUGCUAAAGGAUUAUCUGAGGGAAUUACCCGAGCCGCUAUUUACCAGAUGUCUUUUCCAAAUGACUGUUGAUGCUCUUGGAGUCUGUUUACCCGACGAUCCGGAAGGAAAUGCUAAAUUGAUGCUUAGUAUAUUGGAUUGUCUACCAAGGGCGAAUAGAGCUACGCUAGUUUUCCUACUCGACCAUUUGUCAUUGGUAGUAUCAGCAUCAGAACGAAACAAAAUGUCUGCCCAAGCUCUAGCUACAGUAAUGGGUCCACCUUUAAUGUUACACUCUGCUGUAGCUCCCGGUAAAGAGGUCGAUCAUGCCCAACCGAUCGCAGUGUUAAAGUAUUUGUUACAAAUUUGGCCUCAGCCACAGCAGGCUUCUUCAGGUCGACGCGCCGAGCCAGCAGGGCAGCGUGGAAACAAAGUCAAUGCAUCGCCAGUGGCCAAAUAUCAGCCCAAUCUUCAUACCACGGGUUCAGCAGCAAUUCUCUCAACCGUGCGUCAUCCCUCGGCCAUUCCCAACACUCAUCAGUAUCAAUCAGCAGUGGUUCAGUCAGUUCCAUUGCCUCGAGCCAUGCCACAAGCGGUCCAACAGGUAAAGCCCCAUCAAUUGGUGGCCUCAGCGGACUCGGCGGUUCGCGCCCUAUCUCCACUGCCAGGCACACCCUCCCCAGGCAGUAGUUCGACGUCAACGAAUUCUGGUUCAGGCUCUGGUACCGAUACAAUAAAACGUGGUGCAUCGCCAGCAAUGAGCAUAACAUCUACAUCUACUGCACGAUUCAAAGAAUCAAAUAGUAGCUACUCAAUCAAACAACAGGAACAUCAAUACAAAGAUGGCAAAGAGACAAGCACAAUUGAACGUCAGAAAAGUAGUAACAGCACCUAUGGACCAAUCUCUUCAACCAUACUGCCAUCGAGGAGUGUACUAUUUUCGACCGAUUUAGUAUCGUCAUCAUCAGCAUAUUCUAUCAAAGAUCAAACAAAACCAAAUCCACCGAAUAGCACAUCGAAUAUGCCAACAUCAGCUGCAAUAAAACAAACAUUAUCACCGCUAACCCAACAUCGUAACACAUCAUCGUCGGGUAUGCAUGCGACAACAUCGUCAGCAGAACCGAACUAUUCAUUGAAGAAUCAAAUCACUAGUAGCCCAUCGUUAGGUACUUAUCAAUUUCCCUCAAGUAGUAUUAACUUAAAGAAUAAUGCCACAUCGUCAUUAACCGAACACAACACAUCAUCAUUGUCACCAUCAUCUCUGCGUAAGACAUCAUCUCCAUCUAGAACGUUAAGUAAUAAUAAUACUUUACCUUCGAGUGUAGUUAGAAAUUAUCAAUCAGAGUCAAGUUAUACCUUGAAAAAUCAUCAACCGCAACAGCAACAACAACCAAUGAAUUUCACAAGCCCAGGUAACAAUACCAAUUCCUCCGCAUUAAACCAUUAUCAGAGCAAUAACACGAACAUAUACGGUACAUUACCAAAAACACAAUUCGCUGGUGGUACAAACAACCACCAUUCGAUGCAUAACAAUUCCCUAUUGGGAUCGGCAACUGGUAACGAAAUUGAGCUUAUAAAUCGUCAUUCAAGUGGAUCAACCGUUACGACUAGUAACGGUGGUUAUAAUACACUUGGAUCGUAUAAAGUGCAAUAUUCUUCGACGAAUCCAUUUUUACAGGGUUUUAAUCCACAAUUUACAGAUUCGACAUCAACUGGUGAUAAGGCAAAUGAAGAAUAGAAGAGAAAAAAAUUAUUUAAA